GCGCUUUAUCAAACAAUAUUAUUCAAAUUGUGACGAUAUUUUCAACUUUACAUAAUUUCAGAUGACUAACGUACCGUUUUAUUAACAUGAUAUCAAUAAAAGGCACUCUUAUCGUACUCUCGAGAGCUGGCCGACGAACAAAAAGAAAGCGCGCGGGAUGAAUGACGGACCGAGACGUUAAGCCGACCAAGUUAAUGUAGUAGUAAUCUGGUGCAUCUCGUGAAGACGGCUGGUGUGUCGCACAGCGUACAAUUCAAAGAUAUGUCACUCGUCGAAUUUCUCAUCCUUUCGACCAUCAUCUUCGCCUGGUCAGCGUGUGCAUAUCCGGAAGAUACUCUACUGAACGACGACGCGCGGGCAUCGAUUAUCGAGACAAUAUUGGAACGCGAACCAGCGACCUUCAAAUUGUACACCAGAGAGAACCCAUUCGGCGAAGAACAACUGUUUCUGAACAACACCGAGGUGCUGUACGCGUCGCACUUCAAUGAAAGCAGACCGACCAAGUUUAUCGUUCACGGAUUCAGCGAUACCGGGAACGAAGGCUGGAUACGAGAUCUAAUAGGCGGUGGGUCGACAUGGAUAUUGCGUCGCAAUUUGCGCAUUUUUUAUACUGCUGCUAUUACUACUACUACUUUCGCAAACAAUCAGGGUCAGCCUAUUUCGGAUGUGAACGUGAUAGUCGUCGGUUGGGGAAUUUUGGCGUCUGACGCCUAUCCAGUGGCAGCUAAGAAUACGCGUCUCGUCGGUGAGUAUUUAGGCCAAUUCUUGGAAUUCUUAAAUCGGGAUUCGAACCUGGAGUACAAGGAUGUGCACAUUAGCGGUCAUAGUCUGGGAUCCUACGUGGCGGGCUUCGCCGGAGCUUAUCACGAUGGACGUGUCGGAAGAAUAACAGGAUUGGAUCCUGCGAGUCCUCUGUUCGAGACCAUUUCCGGCAUAGUUGAUCCAGAAUAUCGAUUGGAUCCGACCGAUGCUCAAUUUGUAGAUGUGAUACAUACUAGCGGUCCGACGUUCGGAUUCCUGGCGCCGUUAGGACAUGCUGAUUUUUAUCCCAACGAUGGCAAGAUUCCUCAACCUGGAUGCUCUUUUGUGCCGACAAUAACUUAUUGUAGUCAUUCGCGGGCGCAUCAGCUUAUGACCGAGAGCAUCGGCAGUACGGUGGGCUUCAAGGCAAGAAUGUGCGAAAGCUGGGAAAAAUACAAGGAGCAACUUUGCGAUUACAAUCCGGUCAUAUUGAUGGGCGAAUACGCUUCUACGUCGUUACGUGGCAAAUUUUAUCUGUCGACUAAUGGCGCUCCUCCGUACGCACUACAGUAAACAUUCUAAAUAUCGAUCUUAAGGGAUUUUGAGCUGAGAAUUUGCGAACUCACGAUUCGAGAACGAUGAUCGUGUAUAAUAAUUUGUACUAUAGUCAUUUAUAAGUCACCUUAUUUAUAAAACUUUCCAUUCUGAGCGCGUACCGAACAUACAUCGCGCGCACCGUAUAUCGGAAUAUACCUUUAAUAUUACGUAAUGUGUGUUUUACAUACAUAUAAUUUUAAAAAGAGUACAAAUUACAUUAAUUGUGACUACGAUUUUAAAUCAAUAUUCCUUUUACACCUUGUCAUUUUUUCCAUUUAAAAUUCUUUAAUUUUUUUAAUGAUAUCAAGAAAAUUCCCGAGAUUUUUUGUUAUUCUCAAGUUCAAAAAUAUAAUAAUUUCAAAAUAACAUUGCACGUGCAAAAGAGAAAGAAGGAAAAAUAAGUCUAAUAAAUUAACAAUUAGGUUUAAGAUAGAUAAGUAAGUAAAUCGAUUGAGAAGAUUAUUAUUUCAAAUCUUGAAUACUUAAAAUGAAACAUUCAUAAAA